CUGGGAAGAGGAGCCCUCGGGGGACGCGGGGUGUCCGGUGGACGACUGGCCGCCUGCGGCGUGUGCCUUGCAGUCGGGGUUUGUCUGCAUGGACGCAGAAGUAACUUGCUCGUCUUUUUCCUCUAGCCAGUGGGGUAUCUGGCCCCCCAGACCGCUGGCCUGGACGAGGCCAUGGAGCCGGCGCGAGCUGCGUGUCGAGGCGGCGAGCCCAGGACAGGUGUUUUGGCUCACUUGGAAAGGCUGGAGGCUGAAGCAAUUAGAUCCCGGAAACAGUUGGAACAACAGGCUGAGGAGAGUGCUCUGGAAAGCAAGAUUAAUAAACUGAGAAGUCUGCGGGAUCAGCUGAGGGCUGACGUGAAGCGGCGACAAGCCACAAUCGAAGCAUCUACUGCCAACUCGGAACCCAAUCGAAUGGCAGGGAUUGACGAGCCAGAAGAUUUGCAAAGAAAGCAGGAGAACAUGAAAGGCAUUCUGCAGGCCUACCAUUUCACAGGGCUCAGUGGGAAGCUGACCAGCCGAGGCGUCUGUGUUUGCAUCAGCACUGCCUUUGAGGGGAACCUGCUGGAUUCCUAUUUUGUGGACCUUGUCAUACAGAAACCCCUUCGGAUACAUCACCAUUCAGUUCCAGUCUUCAUUCCCCUAGAGGAGUUAUCUGCCAAGUACUUACAGACUGACAUUCAGCACUUUCUGUUCAGUCUCAGCGAAUACUUAAAUGCUUACUCUGGACGGAGGUACCAGGCAGACCAACUUCAGAGUGAAUUUGCAGACUUUCUGGCUGGGCCCUUGCAGAGAAACCCAUUGUGCAACUUGCUGGCAUUUACUUACAAAGUAGAGUUGAAGAGUCAGUCCUUCCCAUUCUGUGCUAGACUGAUGUAUAAGGACAUCACAGUGACCCUUCCCACUGACGUCGCUGUCACAUGUCAAGCAGGUGAGCCGUCCACCUCACAGGAAGAGCAGCGGGUAGCGCAUGAAAACCUGUUUCGUUCCAAGCCCCUCCAUCAAGUGUUUGCUUUAUUUGCAAAAAAGGGAGAAAAGUUGGAUAUGAGCCUGAUCUCCUAAAAUAUUUUUGGCGGGACACAUCAAAAGUGAGUAGACCUGCCGGUCCUAUCUUGACGCAGCUCAGGUCCUUGCAAUGGAAAUAGAAUCCCUCAGAAGGAAGGGAAAGGGACCAAGCUGGAGGCUGUAGACAUGGUGUUUUUAAACAGUUCUCCAUGGCCGCCUGAUAUUUGUUAGAAUUUCUAUCCUUGUGAAAUACUAAAUAAAGUUUCUAUUCUUGUGAAAUACUAGGUAAAUGCUUUAGCUAAAAAUUCUAGUGGUUUGUGGGGGCAUCAGGAACUUGGAAUGGGGAAAAAGCAAAAAGGAAAACUGCCGAGGUGAGAAAUCCUGCUGUUUCACACUAGAGACUUUUUGGACAACUGGUAUUUGAUGCCCUUGGAAUGUUCCUUGGACUACAUCUGGUCACGUAUUGUUGCGUUGGUUGGACAAACAGGCUAGUGGUUUCGAUAGUUUAAGAGGAAGUGGAAGAGGUGUUCCUUUUGCUUUCCAGCAGAGCCCAGUGAUGACUGUCCCCUGCUCACAGGGGAGCGGCUGUGAAUCUGUUGGGUCUCUUCAUAAGUGACCCUGUGAUCCGGUCCCUUUGGCUGUCUCUCUGCCAGAGUGGUCUCUAUGAUGACAAGAAAGUGUGUGUGUGGGGGGGACACUGGCAUAUGGAAUAGAUAAAGUGAAGGAGGGAUUAUUUCCCAAUGUUCAUGCCCACAGCACUUUAUUUUUUUGGUUUACUAAUAAAUAAGAGAACCAAAGCACCAGUCUGGUACAUGCAGUGCCAGGGAUCAAGCUCAGGACCUCAUGCUUCAGAAUCCAGCGCCUUUACCCAAGGCACCAUCUCCCAGACUGCUGCAGCACAGCACUUUUAUAACACGAUCUGCUCCAGAAUUUUCAGUGUGAUCCAAACACUCAGACCUCACCAUUGACUGAUUCUUUAAAUGACUCCUGUCAGCUUGAGAAGACCCGGCCCUGUCUCUGCCUCUGCACACUCAAACACAGAGGUCCCAACAGCUUCCGCCCAGUCCCCCAUCUCCUGGCCAGUCCUUGCAGCGUUGCCCUAAGACCAUGACUGUCUGUGGCUCGCGGGAGUCGUGUGUAGGGCCACUUCACAGGUGUGACAGCUUGAGCCGGGCCGGUUCAGUUCUUGUUGCCCCUCUGCCCAGUGACCACAGGAGUCAUUAUUGCCACCACUGCUGAAGCCUCGCUCUAAAAUGGCCACCUCUUAGACCCGAGGAGAGCACGUGUGGGGGGUGGUAAAGCCACCAGGAUCACCAUUUAGAAGCACGCAGCUUCCAAAAGGAUGUCAGGAGUCGUGGUGAGGAGAGCUGUGAGCUCACAGAUGAGAGGUCUGAACAAGUUACGUGAUCUGACCAACAUUCAAGUUGAGUAAAGCUUUUAAUAAAACAGUCUUGUUCUUUACAAUA